UUUUGAUGAUCAAAUUCGAAAAAGAUCGUUUCACCUCGGAACUACAGUCAGCUGUUUUCAGCAACAAACACUACGCGGAACGCGGGUAAUUAAAAGCGUCGGUCAUUUGUUAUUUGCUCUGGCUUCCACCUGACACCAUGCCGACUUCCGAUAAAGACAACGGAGAAGCGGGCCAAUCGAAGAAAGCACGAGUAGAUCAUCAAACUAUGCCAACUAGACAGUAUUUGGAUCAAGCCGUAGUUCCCGUUGUCUUACAAGCAAUGUCUGCUGUGGCUAAAGAAAGACCAGCAGACCCCCUAGAAUUUAUUGCAAAUUAUUUAUUGAAGGAAGCAAAGAAUCGAUCAACCCAGACUUCUGAAACAGCCGCUCAGGCCAUACCCUCAGCAAGCGCUUGAACAUUGUGACAAUCUCAUUUCCAUUUAAAAAAAACUAUUAAUCUAUGUAACUGCAUUUUUAUUUCAGCUGUUGACAGGAAAAAUCUCAGUGUGCAUUGGUAUGUUUCAUUUUUUUUAGGCUUUUUAGUCUUUACCAUUUCCAAACUAGAAGAAUUAAAUGUUUGCAAUACCAAAAGACAAGGGUUUAGGUAAACAAACAGGUCAGACUUGGGAAGAAUUGGGUCAGGUUUUAACUUCUUUAGAUGUGCUUGAAGCUCGAUUACCUCGACCUGAAAGAAGUGGACGAUUCGACUCGAUUCAUUCAUCAUGGGCAAAUUUUGGCAGGCGCAAAUUACUGCCAAUUAAAGCGGCGUGAAGAUGAGUUAUCACAAGACAUCUACUGAUUGGGGAAACGACAGUCUGCUAGCCAAUGGAAACACGAGAAGAUAGCGUGAGUUUUGAAAAUGCAAAUGCAAACUUCUGGCAUAGGGAAUAACGAUCCAACUUCCGACAUCUGACAAUUGAAUUACAUAUUCAACCAACAGUUUGUGUGUGAAAUCUCGGGCGUCGAUGUGAAAGUGUGGUGGUGUGUACAAGGAAUGGUUAAAUCCGCCUUUCGUCAAGUGGAAAAAUCGCAAUGGAGCAUCUCAGUUAAUUCCUUAAAUUGGUAUCGUUAUUAGGCUGGUUGUAGAGACAGCAGUUCCUUUCCGAGUUAAAUUGCCGGUGGUUGCUAUUGUGUCAAAUUAAAUCUGAACAAUUUUAGCGAGCGAAAAUUACUUCGACUAUGCGAAAACUCAUUUAAAGUGAAUCGGUUUAACGGCAACACUGUACUAAGCUAAAAACAAAUUUAAAAUAGCAAAUAUGACAUUUCCUAGGGUGCGUUUUCAAGGGCAUUUUCAAAAGUUGUGCUAAGGGCGGAGUUUCUUUUCUCACAGAUGUGCUUCCAUUGGCUAGCGCCUUGAACAGUUUCAUUUAACUCCCAACGUUCAUGUCGUGUGAUCAAGGGUUCCUAACCACGUAUCCCAGCAUUGUGGUUCAGAACAGCAGCACACAUCAACACUUUCAUCCAUAAACCUCAGUUACAUGGAAUCUUCAUCAUGAGACUCUACAAUUUCCUCGUCUUCUUCACCGCUGCCUUAUUGGCCAUCAUUUGCGCCUGUCACCUUUGGCUCGUCGUUCAAGAUCGUCUCCAUGGACAUCAAUUAAUUUUUGAUCAUCGCAGCGACGCAACUAUACAAGGGAUAACCAAACACGCAGCUCGUGUUUCUCAAUGGAAAAUAACUGAGCUAAGAGCGAUCGACAGUCAGCGAAUUUACAUGCACGAUACGACCGGAUACGGCGACUUGAACGCUCGCCAGUGCUGCUCUGUCGAAUCGGCUGCCAAAAACAAUCCCCACCGUGAAAUUCAACUGUUCGUGUCCCGCAGAGAAUUGAACGAUGACCAACAACAGAAAUUACUGGACACCAACAGCAGUUUAACCCCUUGGCAGACUGUCUUGCAACAUUACCCCAAUGUCGAAGUGAUUUCUUAUGACGAGGCCGAAUAUUUCAACGACACGACACUGGAGCCUUGGUACACGGAAGGCCAAUGGCAGCAAAGUCGCCAGCCGGAGUUUUACCUCUCCGAAUAUGUGCGAGCCAUGUCACUUUUCAGAGGCGGAGGACUCUAUCUCGAUCUGGACUCUGUUCUCUCGUUAAAACCUUUGACUGGAUCCAAGUGGCAAAAUUUUUUCGUCGUCAGACGUAACGAUCGAGUCGAGUACGAAACCAGCACGUCCAACAAGGUCUUCCAUUUGCUCCACGGCCAUCAUUUGAUCGACAUGUUGAUCCUGAAACUCGUUGAAGCCGGCGACGAGCUACAAGCGGAACCGUUCGCCACGGCCCUCGACGCCAGUCUCGAACGCAUUUGUAAUUUCAAAGAUAACGGGCUGCUAGAUCCUGGGAAUAAUCAGUGCGUCGACGUCCGAUUGAGCGAAGAGCGGGACGUUUUCCUCCAGCCACUGGACACGUUGUUUUCUAAGCGAUCGUUUUCUCGGUUGAAAGAAAAUGGCGGCGGAGUGAACGAGCAGUCUGUGAAGCAGUUAAUCAAAACAGUGGUCGAUGCUCAAGAAGCCGUUUUGAUGACGUGGGACUCGAUAGCCACCAUCCUCCAUCGAAACAAAACCUUUUUCGAAUCUCCCGGUUAUACAAGCGUCACUGGGAAAACUUUGCUUUCAACGUUGAUCGCUGAAAACUGUCCAUUAACGGCAGCUCGCGAAACAAAUUUUAUUUAAAUCCUUUUAUUUUUUAUCGAGAACCUAUAUGUAUUGAUUUAAGUGAUUUGUAAAUUUGUUUUC